AGCAAGGCAAAAUUGUGAAUUUAUAACACAAUGAAAAUGCUCGGUAAGAAAAGCUGUGCUUGUGAAAAUCUCUGCCUUCCUGGACUCAUUCGGUGCAUUUUGCAUUUGCAUAUUAAAAGAAUCUGAAAUUAACAACUUAUCUGAAGAAAAAGCACAAGUAGCAGACACCCAGGCAAAGAUGUAGAUGACCAAGAGGUGUUUUCCCCUUCUGGCUUGGGCUUAAAUCUCUCCGUCACGGACCAGGACAUUUCUCUGAGGAAAUGGAUACGUCUUCCCAAAAAUACCCAGUCAAAAAGCGAGUGAAAAUUCAUCCCAACACAGUAACAGUGAAAUACACUUCUCAAUAUCCCCAGCCAGGAGAAGAGGGGUAUGAGGAUGUUAAUGAAGAUACGGGAGUAUUUAUGGAGGAUAAUCCUAAGAAAAGACUACUGAAUGAUGGGAAAAAGAGAGAAAGGACUUUUUUUGGUACAAUAGACACCAAGCUUCAGCCAGCCCAACUGCCAAAACCCAAUGAAAUUGGGCAAUCCCAGCAUUUUCCUGAAGGAAAUAUACUGCAGUCGAGGAAAACGUGGGUAGUUCUUUUUGGAUCUGCCGUGGCUCACGGAUGUGUGGCUCUAAUUACAAGAUUAAUUUCCGAUCGUUCCAAAGUGCCAUCCCUAGAGCUCAUUUUCAUCCGUUCAGUCUUACAGGUGCUGUCUGUUACUGUUGUGUGUUAUUACCAUGAGCCUCCCUUUGGCCCCAAAGGCUACAGACUCCGGCUCUUCUUCUAUGGGGUCUGCAAUGUUAUCUCCAUUACCUGUGCUUAUACCUCCUUCUCUAUAGUUCCCCCCAGCAAUGGGACCAUUAUGUGGAGGGCUACCACUACAGUGUUCAGUGCCAUCUUGGCUUUUUUACUCAUAGAUGAAGGAAUGGCUUACACAGAUGUAAUUACUGUAGUUGGCAGCGUGUUCGGCGUUUGUCUCGUUAUGAUCCCCAACAUUGUUAAGGAGGAAAACUCUUUGCUCAGCACCUGGAAGGAAGCUUUUGGCUAUACCAUGACGGUUAUGGCAGGUUUGACCACUGCUCUCUCCAUGAUAAUCUAUAGGUCAAUCAAAGAUAACAUCAGCAUGUGGACAGCGCUGUUCACCUUUAGUUGGACAGGAACAGUGUGGGGAGCAUCCACCAUGUUCUUACUUCAAGAGCCAAUCGUCCCACUGGAUGGAGAAACGUGGAGCUAUCUCCUUGCCAUCUGCCUGUGCUCCACAGCAGCCUUCCUGGGGGUCUACUAUGCCCUGAGCAAGUUCCACCCCGCUUUGGUCAGCACCGUACAGCACCUGGAGAUAGUCAUUGCCAUGGUCCUGCAGCUUGUCGUCUUGCGGAUCUUCCCAGGUACUUAUGAUCUCGUUGGGGGCGCAGUUAUUUUGGUUAGUGUUUUUUUCCUUGCGUGUUAUAAACUGUCCUGGAAGAAUUUAGGAAAACAAGAUUAUCAGGAGAUUGUGGAUUCUUCCAUUAAAUGAACUGCGGUUUUGCCAUCCGAUUAUGGCUGUGUGACCACGUGACAGAAACAUAUUUCAACUCUGUGGUGUUCUAGCCUAGCAGCCAGGUCCUCUCUCUACUGUUUAAAUUCACAGCUGAUUGUAGCAAUGUUGGUAUUUCCCGACUUCCAUGCCAGGUGAAUUUGUUCUAGUGCGUACAACCACUGGCAUUUUGUCAUAUAAGAAAUGGCUAUUCAUCUCCAGCACGUAGGGUGCGUGAAAGCACAGGUCACAGGCGUGUUCUUCCUCACCUUCCCUGGAUAAGGCAAUACAGAGACAGAGGGAUUCCCUAGUGACUCUCAUUCCUGUGCAGUGUUGUAGUAGGAAAAUGAACAGUAAAACGGUCAACCAGAGUAUUCAUAUCCUCUGUAACGCUUUUUAUGCUUUGGCUGCAAUAUUCUAAAUGAAGCAAUGCUACUAUUUCUGUGGUUAAAACUUGCAUUUCCUGUGUGUAUAAAGAAUAAGUCAGUAAAGCUUUUUGUGCUUGGUGGUUAAAUUUCCAUCUGAAUUGAAGCAGGAAGCCCAGACCUACUGCGGGGGAAAGAGAGCCCCAAAAACUGGAUCUCCAGUUGUGCCACAG